CUGCUCUCUUCUCAGAUUUUGUUUCCUUCUCCUCAGCUCUUUGUUUUGUUUUCUUCAGCUUCUUAAUUUUGAUAUUUGCCUUUUCUGCAAGCUUUGUUUCUUUGUUUUUUUAUUAACUCAGAUCUUGUCCUGUCGUGUUUGGAGCGUCUUUCAGGAUUAGGGGUUUGUAGAUCAGUCAGUUGCUGCUUAAUUUGAUGGAAUCUUAGCUUCUGUUAUUGAGAUUGACCAUUUAUCUAACUUCUUACAACUUUUCCUGAAGAAAUCGGCUAGGUUCUGUAGAUUCCUAGUUAUAUUGAUCUUUUUUUGGGAUCUGUAAUUCAAUAAAUUGUUUGUUUAUGAGUGAAACUUUGUUGUAUUUUGGAAUGGUGAUCAAAAAGGGAUUCAUAAGCAUUUUCAUUUAGUAGGUAGGCGCUGCUGCCCUGCUACGAGAGACAACUAAUCAAGAAGCUGAAGUCUAAUUAUUCUUUUAGCUAGUGGGAUUAUAAAAAAAAAAAGAGAAUAUAUAUAGAUCAUGGGCUUACUCUGCAGUAGAAGUCGACAUCAUACAGAAGAUACCGACGAGAAUGCACAGGCUGCUGAAAUCGAAAGACGGAUAGAGCAAGAAGCAAAGGCUGAAAAACAUAUUCGGAAGCUUCUCCUACUUGGUGCUGGAGAAUCAGGAAAGUCUACUAUUUUUAAGCAGAUAAAACUUCUCUUCCAAACUGGAUUCGAUGAAGGAGAACUGAAGAGCUAUGUUCCGGUCAUCCAUGCCAAUGUCUAUCAGACUAUUAAAUUAUUGCAUGACGGAACGAAGGAGUUUGCUCAGAAUGAAACUGAUCCUGCAAAAUAUACGUUAUCCUCUGAAAAUAUGACCAUUGGGGAGAAACUAUCUGAAAUUGGAGCUAGGUUAGACUAUCCGCGUCUUACCAAGGACCUCGCCGAGGGAAUAGAAACACUAUGGAAUGAUCCUGCUAUCCAGGAAACAUGUUCUCGUGGUAAUGAGCUUCAAGUUCCCGAUUGUACUAAAUAUCUGAUGGAGAACUUGAAGAGACUUUCAGAUGUCAACUAUAUUCCAACCAAGGAGGAUGUUCUGUAUGCGAGAGUUCGCACAACUGGUGUCGUGGAGAUACAGUUCAGCCCCGUGGGAGAAAAUAAGAAAAGUGGCGAAGUGUACCGAUUGUUUGACGUGGGUGGACAGAGAAAUGAGAGAAGGAAAUGGAUUCAUCUGUUUGAAGGUGUUACUGCUGUGAUAUUCUGUGCUGCUAUCAGCGAGUUAAGCUCCAUUUCAUUAUUUAAUUUUUUUUUUUUGUAUAUUUGUUGCUGCCCAACUCACAACAGAGUUUUUUUUGGUCAUCAUAGGUACGACCAAACACUAUUUGAGGACGAGCAGAAAAACAGGAUGAUGGAGACCAAAGAACUGUUCGACUGGGUCUUGAAACAGCCCUGUUUCGAGAAAACAUCCAUCAUGCUUUUCCUCAACAAGUUUGACAUAUUUGAGAAGAAGGUUCUUGAUGUUCCGUUGAAUGUUUGCGAGUGGUUCAGAGAUUACCAACCAGUUUCGAGUGGGAAACAAGAGAUUGAGCAUGCAUACGAGUUUGUGAAGAAGAAAUUUGAGGAAUUAUAUUACCAGAACACUGCGCCGGAUCGCGUGGACAGGGUGUUUAAGAUCUACAGGACGACGGCUUUGGAUCAGAAGCUUGUGAAGAAAACGUUCAAGCUUGUAGAUGAGACUCUAAGAAGGAGAAACCUAUUGGAGGCUGGUCUUUUAUGAUUUACUUAUUUUGUUACUCCAGUAAAUUACCUAUUUUGUGUUUUAAAAAAACAUUUAUUUUUAAGAAACUGAAUGACCCUAAUUGUUCUGUCUGGAUUCUGGAGAAGUACAUGUGGUUCAAAAUUCGAUGUGUUUUUUAUUCUUAUUAUUA